UGGUGGCUACCGUGGGAAGUGAAUGCAAAAUAGUUGUGCUUCUAUUGUAAGAGUGAGGGACAACUCGUCCAAAGAACAGGGAUGACCUGAUCACUACAGUUUGUUCCAUAUCCUGUGUUUGGGUAAUGUCUUUUGACAGAUUUGGACGGACUACACUUUGGGACCCACUUCCGCUGUCAGUCGACGACCACAUGCUCCCAUCGCAACCGCGCUGGGCUGUUAAAAAUCUGGGUGGGACUCAGUUCCACUCGCCAACCCGAACCAGCGAAAGUGUAACAUCGGCGGACGCCGCACGGUCUUCGAGUUCAGACACCAGCCCAAAAAAUAAUAUCGAGUACAAAAAUACACUUCGUUUCCUUUCCCUCUCCGUGGCGGUGUCGUCAUCGUAAUUCGCUCCGCCCUUCUGCUCUCCUCCCUCCUCUCCUCACCCAUCUCAAAUUUAGGGUUUCGUUUCUUCUUAUUCUUCCUCGCUCGAAUCUCUUUCCCGCCACCCCCCCUCCCCUCCCUCCAACAGGAUCGAGGCGGAGGAGCAACGGAAGCGCAGAUGGCGAGCGGCGGCGGGAGUUCGCCGGUGCCGGUGUUGCCGCCGUUCCUGACCAAGUGCUACGACAUGGUCGACGAUUCGUCGACCGACGACACGGUCUCCUGGAGCAAGACGAGCAACAGCUUCGUGAUCUGGGACCCCCACGCCUUCUCCCAGGACCUUCUCCCCAAGUACUUCAAGCACAGCAAUUUAUCGAGCUUCGUCCGCCAGCUCAAUACCUACGGAUUCCACAAAGUUGACCCUGAUAGAUGGGAGUUCGCUAAUGAAGGAUUUCUAAGAGGUCAAAAGCAUUUGCUGAAGACUAUUACAAGAAGAAAGCCGGCACAUAAUAAUAUUGUUCCUCCGCAGCAGCAGCCCCAUCCGAAAACUGAAUCGGUAAAUGGAAUCAUCGAGGUUGGGAACUUUGGGUUCGAGGAGGAAAUUGAAAUUCUCAAGAGGGAUAAGAAUGCCCUCAUGCAGGAGCUAAUAAAAGUGAGGCAGCACCAGCAGAACUCUGAACUUGAACUACAUAGCUUGGUCCGACGAAUUCGCUGCAUGGAACAAAAGCAGCUAGAAAUGAUGUCGCUUCUAGCUAUGGUCGUUCAAACUCCUAAUUUUAUAGCACAACUAGUUCAGCAAAACGUCAAUGACAGGUGGAGUAACAUAAACAAAAGAAGAAGGCAGCUUCCUCCACCAGAACACAAUGUUUUAGAGGGUGCAGAAGCAGUUUCCGAUGGGCAAAUGAUCAAAUACCAGCCUUUUGCCCCAGAAAUCAUGAAAUCAUCCUUUUUGCCUGUAGCGAAUUCAAAAGAAUCAGGCAGUGUGUUCAAUGAUUUGCACUCAAAUGGAGAUGAUCUCACUUUGCCCUUGCAAGAAAAUGGGUCUCUAACAAAUCUGGAAGAUCUGGAGCAACUUUUAGCCAGUUCGGCAGGGGAGAACAGUGAGCAAAUCGAACCUGGAGCUUUAGCAGAGUAUAUGAGGAGCCUUGAUUUUACUGAACAGGAGACUGAUGGAUGCAUGGGAAAUCUAACAUCGGAAAAAGGCAGCAACAACAUGGUUGUAUGGUAGUACUUCAUGUUUGCAUCUAGUCAGGUUUUGUGGUUCUACUUUUGCUCUCGUCUCUACAGUUUCCAAUUACCGCAGAUUAUUUCUAAUACUUACAGUUAAAACCAAACAGUACAUAUUACAUCUUACGUCUACUGUUGACUUAGACAUGAUUUCCUAGUUGGAAUGAGUAAUACAGUCAAAGCAUUCAUAUCAA